AUGUACGACAAAAUCGACAAAUCACCCACUUCGUCAAGCCUAUUGCCGGAAAAAGAUAACAGCGGCAAGCACCAGGGCCGCCAAAAUCAUUCUUCACCCGACCAAUGGCCUAGUGAGUCGUCUCUCGGGUCAAACAGAGCGGAUAAACAGGCAAGUUCGCUGGUAAUAUCUGAAGGGGGAGAUGCUAAUGUCUCUGGAGGUACUUCCAGUUCAAUUUUCAACAUACCUGGGCUGGGACGACCUUUUAUUGGAGGCUCUCACAAUGAGCAGAUAGCUACUUCAGCUUCUAGCCCGAAGAAUCUAAAUCAGCGUGAAAGCUCACGAGUUGAACUAGAUGUUUUGCAAAUGCUGGAUAAGCGUGAUAGUAAUAAGAGGCUUCCUGCAGCAAAUGUCAAUAAUCAGAGGCCCAAUUAUCCUAUUCUUACUCCUCAGUCUGAUGGAUCAUCUUUCCAUAAGCACGAUCAAAAUCAGAGAGGCUGGGAUGGGACAUCUCUAAGUUAUCCUAACUUCACUUCGAAUAAUCGUUCGGGUUUUGGAUCACAUAACUCAGGAUUCGCCGUUCUUUCUCAAGAGUCAGCUAGAGGUAGACGUGGUCUGCAUAAUCGUGGCGCAAAUACUGGGGGGUCUUAUAACAGGCGCGCUCCGCGUGGCGUUCCGGAAUGGGGCCGGCAUACAGGUGUUCCAACAGCUGUCGGAGACAAGCGUUCCUGCUUUUCUGAUGAGUAUGACAUUGAAAGAGCUAACGCCGAGCUCGCUGCCGAACUAGAAAAGAUGAAUUUGGGGGUUUUCGAUUCUAACACUGCUGAUGUUGGAGAUAAUUCUAUUAACGAAGAACUCAAAAAUCCUUUCGAUCAAGAGGAAUCAUUCUAUGAUUUACUCAGUUCAGAUAUGCUUGACAGAGCCAAUGGAGUUUUGAAAAGGGGGAAUAGGCGUGAUGAGCGACGUCUUAAUUCUGACACAUUUGGCACAACGGCUGCUAACCGUGGCCGUGACCAUCUUCGCUUAAGAAACCAGCGUGGUCGGGGCGCACCCGCUGCUUAUACUGGAUAUAAUUCUCCGAAUCCUCCCAGACGUGGCGGCAGAGGAUUCACUUCCGGAGGCUGGAGGUCCAGUGGAGCUGGUGACUCAGAUUGUGUUCAGAAACCAAAGAGAGCCUACCCUAUCCCAAUCGCCAGGGCCAGCUAA